UUCAAGCUAAGGCCAUUUUCUCACCCUUUUGGCCAUGUGGUUUUCUGGAAUGAUGCAAGCAACAACAAGGUGUAAGGAGCUUCUUUCCAUGUGGGCUUUGGUUGCCAGUGGCAGUUAUGCACUUCACCAAUUCAUGAAAGUUGUGGAGACACUUGUUUUUGCUGAAUUUACUUGCAUUUUGGCAUUAGGAGGGUCUAUAAUGGGGAUAAUUGCAGGAGGCAUCAGUGGGCAGACCACAGAAGCUGGUUUUGUUGAUGGUGCUUGCAAAGGAGCUGUGACAGGGGCAAUUGCUGCAUUAGAAUUGCUAAAUAAUGAUGCAGAUGCUGAAGCUCUGUCUAAGUUUGCUCUAUUAAGGAGUUUGUUAAAUGGAAAGCUAUUUAUGGAAUGGAUAUGUCCAGUUGUUGCACAGGUCUAUCAAUGUCAUAUGAUUGCACAUGGAACAAGUUACAGAGAAGAAUCAUCAGAUAUAAACAAUGUCAUUGUGAGGGGAAUCACAGUCAUCCAAGAGCUUCCUGUUCAACAGUUCAAUUCCAGUGAAAUGUUCAAUCUAUACAAUGAGUCAUGCUGUUCAAUUUGCUUCCAGGAAUUUGAGGAUGAAGAAUUUGUGAGGACACUUCCAAACUGUAGCCACUUUUUUCACUUGGUCUGCAUAGACAAAUGGCUAGUUCAACAAGGAUCAUGCCCCAUCUGUAGAAUUUAUGUUCCACAUUUAUGA